CGCAUGAGCGGAUUCGUGCUAUAGACCGUUUUGCCGACCGGGAGAAUCAUUGGAGACUUGUGUAUUUUCGCAAUAAUGGACAAGACUUCAGCAUAGAGAGCUCUCUUGCGCAUCCUUUCAGCACGAGCUUAAGGUUUUCCUUUUCAUAUGCAGACAGAAAAUCACUGCCUGCACCUUUAGAAAAGAUUUCUGAAGGAUUUUAAUAAUUGUCUGAGGAUCUUGUCACUGUUGUGAAUACUUUUGAGCAUUAGAUCUUGCGGUUAUCUAAUAGAAAAAGAUAAAAACAUUGAAUUGUAACCUUUGUUGCAUUACUUUUUAAGUGCGCGCACACGGAGAAAGCGAACGGAGCGCACAAUUGGGGAUUGGGAAGCAGUUUUGCAGGACUUGUUUUGUUUUUAUCUGGUUGUUGGUCAUCGAAUUACAAUGUUGAAAUCUUGAGGCAUGAUGUCCAAGUCACUGAGAUGCCCAUAAACCUGCUUGCGCUGUAACUGCCACCUGGAAACUCAGCCUGCGAGCUCCAACUGAUCCUAUUCAAUACCAUCAUUUGGACUGCUUUUGCAACAGAAAUGAUCAUGCGAUGAGUAAGCUCGAUUUGGGCAUAUUUUCAGAAGCAAUUACAGGGGGUGAAUGAUGGCUGAAGAUGGAGGAAAUAUCUCCGAGGACCAUCAGUUGAGGGAAGCAGAGGGUAGCUCCUCUCUUCCAAGGACUUUUAUACGACUUAACGACCUGUCCGGUGGCGGGGAGCGCAGUGAGCUUGAGGCUGAUGGAGGCGAAAGGCGGGAGAGCGCAGCCGGAGCAGCGGUGGAGGAGGCGUCCGCUAGCGGCGGGGAAGCCUUGCCCUAUCCGUCUUUGGCACCGGUUGUGUUUUUCUACCUGAAGCAGACCACGCGUCCAAGGAGUUGGUGUCUGAAAAUGGUUUGCAAUCCAUGGUUCGAGAGGGCCAGCAUGGUUGUAAUCCUGCUGAACUGCGUUACUCUGGGGAUGUUUCAACCUUGUGAGGACAGCCACUGUGACUCAGAGCGAUGCGAGAUACUGCAGGACUUUGAUGAUUUCAUCUUUGCUUUUUUUGCCGUGGAGAUGGUAAUCAAGAUGGUCGCACUGGGCAUAUUUGGGAAAAAGUGUUACCUUGGAGACACCUGGAAUCGGCUAGACUUCUUCAUUGUGUUGGCUGGGAUGCUGGAAUACUCUCUCAACCUGCAGAAUGUUAGUUUCUCUGCGGUCCGAACGGUCAGAGUACUUCGACCUCUCCGAGCUAUUAACCGAGUGCCCAGUAUGAGAAUCCUGGUGACGCUUCUGCUGGAUACUCUCCCCAUGCUAGGCAAUGUGCUGCUGCUUUGCUUCUUUGUUUUCUUCAUCUUUGGGAUUGUAGGCGUCCAGUUGUGGGCUGGGCUUCUCCGCAACCGCUGCUUCCUCCCUGAAAACUUCUCCCUGCCUACCAGUCUAGACUUGCACAAGUACUACCACACAGAAAACGAUGAUGAAAACCCGUUUAUCUGUUCUCAACCUCGGGAGAAUGGCAUGCGCCUGUGCACCUCUAUCCCCACGCUCCAUGAGGAGGGCCGACAGUGCCAGCUGGACAUGGCAGCUUACAAUAGCACAGACAACACCACCUGCGUCAACUGGAACAAGUAUUACACCAACUGCUCUGCCGGAGAGGCCAAUCCCUUCAAGGGGGCCAUAAACUUUGACAACAUUGGUUAUGCCUGGAUUGCCAUCUUUCAGGUUAUUACUCUGGAGGGCUGGGUGGACAUCAUGUACUUUGUUAUGGAUGCUCACUCCUUCUACAAUUUCAUCUACUUCAUUCUCCUGAUAAUAGUGGGCUCGUUCUUCAUGAUCAAUCUUUGUCUAGUUGUCAUAGCGACACAGUUCUCUGAGACCAAGCAACGGGAGAGUCAGCUUAUGAAGGAGCAGAGAGUGCGCUUCAGGUCCAAUGCCAGCACGCUGAAUAGCUUCUCUGAGCCAGGAAGCUGCUAUGAUGAGCUGCUCAAGUAUCUAGUCCACAUUAUCCGCAAAGGCAUCAGGCAAAUCGGCCACCUCAUCCGGGCCACCGGUCGCCGGGCAGGGCUGCGGAUAUGUGCUUCUCCACCGCUGGAACCACCGCCUACGAAAAGACGUCGGCAGAAGCAGCGCCAGGGAUCCAUCCGACCCGUCAUGCACCAUCAUCACCAUCACCUCCACCAUCACUACCAUCUGGGCAAUGGAAGUGUCCGAACCGAAGUGGGCAGAGAGGUGGACAACGGUUCCCAGAGUGGCAAUGUCAACAACUCUGGGCGUGCUCUCAUGCUACCUGUCAUUAUCCCUCAGCAGGACCCCUUUUGUGGGUCUCUGGGCCCCAGCGGUGCAGAAUCUAUGCAUAGUGUUUAUCAGGUUGCGAGCCACCUCGAGCCGCUGCGCUGCGGCCCCUCACCUUCUCCCACGGUGCUCCAUGCAUAUAAGAGGAACUCGGUGCCAUUUGCAGCUCCAGUACAUAAGAACUACCCCACAUUACAGUCAUCUCUGGCCUUAGAGCAGCGCAGACAGAGAAUCCUGGAGCCAGGAGGAGGCAGUUGUACUGCUGGUGUCCUUACCAACCUAAACAUACCCCCAACUUCCAUCAACACCUCACAGUGCCUGGUGGAGACACAAGGUCCUCCUGGCAAGAUCAUCUGCAAGGAUGCCCUCUUGAACAGCAGUGGCACAAACUUAGACACCGCUUUGACCUUUGACCCUGAGACGUGUCCGUAUUGUGCCAAAUCGAUGGGAAAUGACUCAGAGGGAAUAGAUGGGAAUGAGACGGCAGACUCUGACAGUGAGGGCGUGUAUGAGUUCACACAGGAUGCCCAUUAUCGGGACAGCAGAGAUCCCAACAGAAAGAAGAAGUUUGCAUUAGGAGCUCGAGCAGCAAAGGUGGUCCGUUUCUGGAGGCUGGUGUGCGACACUUUCCGUAAGAUUGUGGACAGCAAGUAUUUCGGACGAGGAAUAAUGAUUGCCAUUCUCAUUAACACACUCAGCAUGGGCAUUGAGUAUCAUGAGCAGCCUGAUGAGCUGACAAACGCUCUGGAAAUCAGCAAUAUCGUCUUCACCAGUUUGUUUGCGCUGGAGAUGCUCCUAAAACUGCUGGUCUAUGGUCCAUUCGGCUACAUCAAGAACCCUUACAAUAUCUUUGAUGGCAUUAUUGUAGUAAUCAGCGUCUGGGAGAUUGUUGGUCAGCAGGGAGGAGGUUUAUCUGUGCUGCGGACCUUCAGACUUAUGCGGGUGUUGAAGCUGGUUCGCUUCAUGCCAGCUCUACAGAGGCAGCUGGUGGUCCUGAUGAAGACCAUGGACAAUGUGGCCACCUUCUGCAUGCUGCUUAUGCUUUUCAUAUUCAUUUUCAGUAUUCUAGGCAUGCACCUGUUUGGAUGUAAAUUCGGCUCUGAAAGAGAUGGAGACACACUUCCUGACCGCAAGAACUUUGACACUUUACUGUGGGCCAUUGUUACAGUUUUUCAGAUAUUGACUCAGGAGGACUGGAAUAAGGUACUGUAUAAUGGGAUGGCCUCCACCUCUCCAGUGGCUGCUCUGUACUUCAUCGCCCUCAUGACUUUUGGAAACUAUGUCCUGUUCAACCUGUUGGUGGCUAUCUUAGUGGAGGGAUUCCAAACAGAGAACGGCUAUAUCGGAUUACGGAUAGUGAAGCCCAACCCAGACACAUCGUCCCCAGUGCUCAAUUCUGAGCGUGCAGGCGAUGCCUCAAAGUCUGACUCUGAAGCCGAUUUCCAUGCACGGAGCUUGGAGGAUGUUUCAGGACAUAAGAAGGAUCUGUCGGCAUCAUCCGUUGUUCCCAUCAAUGGCCAUGUGGAUUUGAAGACCAGCCUGACCCCUCCCCUCAUAACUCAUACAGCUGCAACACCCAUGCCUAUCCCUAAGAUAUCAGGAGGAGGAGACCCUGUGCUGGGCUACGAGUCCCGCAGAGGCAGCAAUGUCUCCAUGGAUCCCAAUGGCCAAGAUAAAUCUCCGUCCAGUGCACGGAGCUCCCCUAAUGCCCCCUGGAGUUCAACCAGUAGCUGGAACAGCAGGCGCUCCAGCUGGAAUAGCCUGGGCCGAGCCCCCAGCCUCAAGAGGCAAAAACGGCAGUCUGGCGAACGGCGCUCCUUGCUGUCCGGCGACGGCCAGUCCAGUUCAGAUGAGGGAGAAGGGGUAGAGAGCGGAGGCGGUGGGGGCAUGUCCGAGGGCGAUGAUGCCUCCCUCGCCAGGACAGACUCCCUGGGCCAGAGGCCUCGGCACAGGCGCAUGGAAUCCCUGGAGACGCGUAGCUCGUUUGAUCUGCCUCCAGACACCCUGCAGGUGCCAUACGUGCAUCGCUCCGCCAGCAUACACAGCGCCCGGCCUCCCAACUUCCUCAGCAACGGCAAGAGUUCUCCAUCUGCAGCCACCACACAGCUUUCUCUAGAUGAUCACCACAGCGAGGAUGACAAUGCGGAUGAUGAAGGAAACCUGAGUCGCAAGGCUCGUCUCUUCCGUUGGCUGGAGCACAAGCAGCCUAAAUGGUGUCGGCAGAGGGCUCUCUGGUCCCUUUACCUGUUCCCUCCACAGUCACGGUUUCGUAUGACAUGCAAUAAAAUCAUCACUCACAAGAUGUUUGACCAUGUGGUUCUUGUCAUCAUCUUUCUCAACUGCAUCACUAUCGCCAUGGAGAGACCCAGAAUCGACCCCUCCAGCGCUGAACGCAUCUUCCUGACGUUGUCCAACUACAUAUUUACUGCCAUCUUUGUGACCGAAAUGACAAUAAAGGUGGUUGCUUUGGGCUGGUGUUUCGGGGAGAAGACCUACCUGAAGAGCAGCUGGAACGUUCUGGAUGGCAUGUUGGUGAUGAUCUCUGUGAUUGACAUCCUGGUAUCCCUGAUCUCCAACAGUGGCACUAAGAUCCUGGGCAUGCUGCGGGUGCUACGGUUACUGAGAACCCUGCGGCCACUCAGAGUGAUCAGCAGAGCUCCAGGACUGAAGCUGGUCGUUGAGACACUGAUGUCAUCACUCAAGCCUAUCGGGAAUAUUGUGGUCAUCUGCUGUGCCUUCUUCAUUAUUUUUGGCAUCUUGGGAGUUCAGCUCUUCAAAGGAAAGUUCUUUGUGUGUCAGGGGGAGGAUACAAGGAAUAUCACCAACAAGUCAGAUUGCAUCAACGCUAACUACAAAUGGAUCAGACACAAGUACAACUUUGAUAACCUUGGGCAGGCCCUCAUGUCCCUUUUUGUUCUGGCUUCCAAAGACGGUUGGGUGGACAUAAUGUACGAUGGACUGGAUGCUGUCGGUGUCGAUCAGCAGCCCAUCAUGAAUUACAACCCAUGGAUGUUGCUCUAUUUCAUCUCCUUCUUGCUGAUUGUGGCUUUCUUCGUGCUCAACAUGUUUGUCGGCGUGGUGGUUGAGAACUUUCACAAGUGCCGGCGGCACCAGGAGGCGGAAGAAGCCAAACGGCGCGAGGAGAAGCGCAAUAAACGCAUGGAGAAAAAAAGAAGGAAUGUAAUGCUGACCGGUGUCAGUUGGUCCAGUCCUGAUCACACACAAGAAGCCCAGAGUAAACCCUAUUACUCCGAUUACUCACCUACACGGCUUCUCAUCCACAAGAUGUGCACCAGCCACUAUCUGGACCUGUUCAUCACGAUUGUCAUCGGGCUUAAUGUCAUCACCAUGUCCAUGGAGCACUACCAGCAGCCUAAGGUCCUGGACGAGGCUCUGAAGAUCUGCAACUACAUUUUCACAAUUAUAUUUGUGCUGGAGUCUGUCUUCAAGCUCGUUGCCUUUGGAUUCCGACGCUUCUUCAAGGACAGAUGGAACCAGUUGGAUCUUGCCAUUGUUCUGUUGUCUAUAAUGGGUAUAACACUGGAGGAAAUCGAGGUCAACGCUUCCCUUCCCAUCAACCCCACCAUCAUUCGCAUCAUGAGGGUGCUGCGGAUCGCUCGUGUGCUGAAGCUACUAAAGAUGGCCGUGGGAAUGCGAGCUCUGCUUGACACUGUGAUCCAGGCCCUGCCUCAGGUGGGGAAUCUGGGUCUUCUCUUCAUGUUGCUCUUCUUCAUCUUCGCUGCUCUGGGAGUGGAGCUCUUUGGUGAUCUGAUAUGUGAUGAGCUGCACCCCUGUGAAGGUCUCGGCCGUUAUGCCACGUUCAAGAAUUUUGGCAUGGCUUUCCUCCUGCUGUUCCGUGUAUCCACUGGGGACAACUGGAAUGGCAUUAUGAAGGACACGCUCAGAGACUGCGGCCAGGACACCGGCAUCUGCUACAACACAGUGGUGUCCCCCAUUUAUUUUGUGUCCUUCGUCCUGACGGCGCAGUUUGUGCUGGUCAAUGUGGUGAUCGCUGUGCUCAUGAAGCACCUGGAGGAAAGCAACAAAGAGGCCAAGGAGGAGGCUGAGAUGGAGCUGGAGGCUGCGGGUGGAGAUGGAGGAAUAUCCCGAGGGCACAUGCCACCUUUGGGACCUGGCGACAUGGGUGGGCCAGGGGGGUCUCUUAGGAUCUCAGGAGACUCUCGAGACUCUCGAGACCUGUCUAGACCGCUUUACCCCACAGACAGCCCACCUACAGACAUACGAAGAGACUCUGAAGAUCACAUAAAGACAGAUCCUGAUCCUCCUCAUAAUUUGGAGCCGCCUUUAGAGCGGAGGCCUAUGCUUGACUCAGUUUCCCUGGUGAUCCAGGGCUCACUGGAAGGAGAGCUCAGCCUCAUGGACAACCUAUCUGGCUCCAUCUGCCACUACUACGCUCUGCCCCCCCUUCCCAGCAAGCACUGCACUGAGAAACAGAUUCCUCUAGCCGAGAUGGAGGCUCUAUCUCUGGCGUCGGAGAAAUCCUGGUCCUUAGCUCUGACGGAUGACUCUGUCCCAGAUGAUUUUAACCCCCUCUUACUAACCAGUCAGGAGUGCAAUACCACAGCUCCUCCAGAUCCUCUAGACCCCCAGCAGCCAGACGAGCCAGCGGAUGAGCACUUGCUGUACGUGAAGAAGACCUCAGUGGGCCGCACGCAUUCUCUGCCCAAUGACAGCUACAUGUUCCAGCCGCUGCAGCCCAACUCGACCAACAGUACCCACACAACCUCACCUCACUUAGCUCAGACAGGGUCUACAGGCUCUGUCCAGUCUCAAACAGAAGAACUCACGCAACACUUGACUGUGCCCUCCGAUCUGUUCAGACCGAUCAGUCCUCAUAGCCUAUCAGACUCAGAGAGCAUCCCACGAAUUCCCCCACCUCGCCGGGCACACACUCUCUCACGCACCCUACGCAGACAGGUGGCAGUGAGUGCUGACUCUCAGGAGACUCUAUACACAGAGGGAGGGGAAAACGAGGGUCCCUUGGGACUUAGGGAACUGUCGGACCCCCCUGUCAACCUUCCACCUCAGCAGCAGCACCAGCCUUCGCUCUUUCUGGUCCCUGCCACUCCAGGCGCCUCCCCGAAACCUUCACGACCUAGCGUCCACACGCAGCACAACCCCUACGACCAGUACAACGUGUUCUCGAGGCGUUCCCACUCUCCGCCCCUACUACCGCCGCCACCAGCGGCUGCCAGAAAGCAGGAGGAAACAGACUCUGUGGAUCAGGAGGUAUCCCGAAUUAUCCGUGCGGGACUCGCAGAGAGGAGGAGCGAUGAUGGAAUCGGAGGAGGGACGGGAGAUCAAGGUGCAAGACGUCAGCUUAAAAAGUACCACAGCGUGGACACUCAGGGCCAGCGAGCUCUGCUGUUACCACGGCCCUUGUCCUGGCUCGACGACCCACGCCGGCACUCCAUCGAGGUGUGCUCAUCCGUGGAAAGCAGUCCCCAGCGUAGUUCGAUCUCCUCCGGAUUCGUCUCACGAGCUGACAGCCUCCAGCAGCAGUCCUCGCCACGCACCCGCAAGAAGAAAAUGAGUCCACCGUGCAUCUCCGAGGAUCUGCCUGAGGGACCAGAGCUUCCGGUAGGCUUUCACCCUGCUCUGGGGAUGGUGCCGCCCCCCUUGCCAAGCCGGGACACUUGCCUGAGGAGGCGCGCUCCCUCCAGUGACUCUAAAGACUCGUUUGACUUGGGUGGAGGAGGAGAUGGGCUGCCUCAAGAGGCCGUCCCGAACUCCAAGCUAUUGACUCUGCCUAGUUUCUCUUUUGAGAAAACAAGCUCUGAGCACUGAACACUGACUCGCACGAUCACGCACACACAUGCGCACACGACACACGAUGCACUCCGUGUAUCCGUGAUGGUGAUAGUAAUAGUAAUAAUAUCUUAGAGAGUAAUAAUGCUAAAUACAACAGUGGUGAAUACUACAAGAUCAAAAGGAAUAGUAACUAUACCUUGUAUUUUUUUUCUCUACUGCCAAAAGAACACAAAAGGACAUUGCGCUGAGGAUUAAACAAGCUAAUAACGGGACUCUCUCUCCUCAAACAUGCAAGCGGAUCCGUUGGCAACCUCAUGACCUCCUCGUGGAGGUCAGUGCAGAACCCAGGGGAGGGCGUCCCCUUUUGGCCGUUGUGAAGACUUCACAGCACUGUAUUGUUGAACUCCCUAAAGGGCACUGAUGAAGGUACAAAGCAAUAUGAACGUUUUAGAGACACUAUUUUCUUAAAUUAUUGGGCCAUAGUGUUUGUAAAGGAUGUAGAAUUUCUUUUUUCAAUUGCGUUAUAGUUUUAUUUGUCUUUUUGUGAUUUUUCUCUUUUUCUCAAUGUUUAAAUUGUUUGUUGUUUGCUUUAUUUUUUCACCAUAGGAUAUUUUUAGCUCUCUUGUUUUAACAAAGACAAAAAGAAAGAAAACAUUUUUUCAAAGUGCCGGGAUCCAUGUAUUUGUAGAAAUAAUGAUAUUAUUAUUAUUAUUAUUAUUAUUAUUAUUAUUAUUAAUGAUGAUGAUAUAAUAUAUCUCUUUAAAAAUAAAGCAUUAAACAGCUCUUUGAUUUUUAAACACAAGUAUUAGACUGGUGUGCCCUGACUAAAAAAGUCUAUGGACACUGUCUGCAGAACAGAUUGUUUGCUACUUUACUGACAGAAGAGAACAAAUACUUGCAUUAAUUGAACUCAUGAAGCAGAAAACACAAGCCUCUGAAAACCUUGUUUCAAGGGUCUGUGAUUGGCUUCAAUGAUCAACGCUGUAAAAACGUUGUAAAUAGUCAUCAAUGAUGACUAUUUACAAUUUUGUUUAAAGAAAAAGUGUUUUUGAGCAUUUCAUUUUUUGGCACAUUUUUUGGAAACCAGGUUGUCUUUAGUUAAAUAAAUGCUAUAUUAUCAGUACAGCUCAUACAAUAUUUGUGUGAAAAUGUAACAUGAAAAAAAUGUGAGAAAAGAAAAACAUUUGCUCUUUGAGUUUCUAAAAGCUGUAAGGUAGUGGUUUUCAACCUUUUUGACUCCAAGACUCGCCCAUUGUCAAAAACAAUACUUGAUAUAUGAGUGUAUAUUUUGUAGUGUUAAUAGAUUAAAAUAAAUUAUUGAUUUAUUUUGUGAUUAUAGAGGUCUCAAGAACUGUAUGUUCUUUAAUAAAAACAACAGUUGUUGAGAGGACAAAUAAAAAAAUGUCCAUUUUUGUUGGACAGAUUUGUCCUUUUUUUUUUUUUUUUUUUUUUUUUUUUUUUUACUCUGCACAGUAGGACCAUGAAGAAUAAAAUGCAGGAUCAAAUUUCUACAUUGAGGUCAAGAGUGGACAGAAAGUAAUCCAUGAGAAAAUGGGGAGUUUUGUUAAAACAAUGUUUUGUUAAUUUAUUAAUAAUCAGUAAGAGAAACAGCUUUCAUUUCUCUACUUUUAAUGACUUGGAAGAAAUGUGAAAGAUUAUCAGAGUCAUUGUUUACUUUGAAAAUGAUAUUAAGAUUAUUUUAAAAAGCUUUGAAAUACUUUGUUCAUCCUCCAGCCCCCUUGGAAGUUUGCCGAAGCCCCCAGCUUCUUUGAGAACCACUACCUAAGUGACUAUAUUAUAAGCAGUUAUUUACAUAUUGUGCCACCUUUAUUCUUUACGCUACACACGUGUGCUAGUUAAGGUGUAUUUAGUUCUUCCAUUUAAGCCUCACUCAGAAUCAAAAUGCAUGUUGAUUGAAGCUGUUGUCAAGUGCACUGUGGGAGGCUCAAUGAGGCGAUUCCCUUUUGUUUUCAUGAAAGCUAAUCGACACAUCUGCAGGCCUCCUUUCAAACUCAGGAAAGCUUGCGCUUCACAAAGUCCAGUUCAGUAAUAUACCUCUAUUUUGCUUCAAAGCCCUGGAUUCAGUCCAAAUCUGUGGCUCCAGUUUGUAUAUGGCUUCAGUGUGUGUUUGAACCUGUUUUUUUGUCAUUGGAUCAAUUUCAGAAAGAUUUACCAGCUUCAUUUUAGCAUACAUAAGCUUUCUCUCAUCUCACUUGAAUUAUGCAUGUACUAAAUGCAAUUUUUGUGUGAGGGAUGCAUCAGGAUGUGGUUUAUAAUGAUUGUAGAAUGUGCAAAGCACCUAAUGAUGUUCUGUACAGCUCUCCAUUGCAGCGGACAUUUGGUUACCGUAUAAACUCUUUAUUGGUGUAUGUAAUUCUACCUCUAGGAUAUCUUCAGCGUGGAUCAUUUUGAUCAAGGUGAUGCUAAAGCAAAAGAAUGCAAAUGGAGAGUGUCAUCUGUUUGCUAUAAUAUUUAUGAAUACUUUGUUACUUCAAACAUUUGGCUUACACAUCACAGUAAAAACACUUAUUUGACACUGAAAGAAGAUGAUGACGUUCCCACUCGGCUUUUCUAUUAAACUGCAAAAUCCUGGAAAACAGCUUGAGUGACCAGAUGGAAAAGAAAAACAUUGAAGUUACUGGUAAACAUCCUCAGGAGGAAAUGACAAUUAACCUUCGCUGUGCGUCUAUGCGUGUAGAUUAUGUUAGCGAUUUGGCUUCUCCCUGGGUUUCCACUCCUGAAAUGAAGCCUGAUUGCUGAGGACCCUUCGAUAUUUGAGCUCUCCAUCCCUCCAUGCAGAAGAUGAGUAUUGGAAAAUCUAUGAUAACUUCAUUUACUGAACAGGCUGAAUCAAUUUUACUUCCAAAACAUGACGCAGUUCCCAUUGAAGACUGUGAUAAGAUGGCCUGGCUGAAAAUUGAACAUUUGGGAAAACAACACCUCGAGAGAUGUUUUGAGGUGGGUUAAAAACUCAAAGGCCUUGUUUACCAGCCAAAAAGUCAUCAAGACACUUUGGGAGGUUCUCGGUGAUUGGCCGAGUUGCUGUAGCGAGUGUGUGUUCAUCAAUGUUGCUCUGGCGCUCCACUGAGCAAGAGCAUGUGUUUCAGAAAGCUAGAAGAAAUCCAUUCAUGACCGCCAAAUAAUUGAUAAGACGAGCCCUAUUACAUCACAUGAGCAUAAACACAAAAACAUAAAUAUAUUAAAGACAACACUUAAAGUGUUUAAAAGGCAUCACAGGGGGAAAACAAUUCUAAGAGCACAUUGUGCUCACUCCAAAAGCACUUUAAAAUAUUUCCAUGAAGACAAAGUAAUCUCCUUUGGCAUUAAGGUAGCCUUCGUGUCAUUCACUUUAAGAAAUCCUUAAUAAUUUUGCUUUAAUGAUGUAAUUUUAUACAGAACGAGCUUUAGAAAGAGGCCAACAGAAAAAAUCUGCACACAAAACCCUUCUACCCUGGUAAGGCAUCCUGAUGUAAACUAUGAUUUGAUGUCAAACAGCUGUCUGAAAUCAAGGAUGACUGUUUUUUUAAAAUGGUUGAAAUCUGUUGAAGAUUAUUUUUUGUGUAAUUAUUAAUUUUAUGUGGACCACUGUAAAGCUUAAUAUGCUGCGUCCACACAUGUCGUAAUUACCCCAGUCUCGAGAUGACAACACGUAACGUUCUGUUUGAAGCUGCCGGGAAUUAUGCCUUUCUAUGGCAACAUUAUCAACACCUAAAAGACCCCUUUUCUCCAAGUAUCGCCGGUUCUGCCACAUAAGUCUUGCUUUCCCGCCACGCACACACCUCUCUCUGCGUCGGUUCUGUUCAGCGAGUGGACCAGAGCUUUCAGAUAUUAGAUAAUAGAUAUUCUGUUGCUUCUGACCUGAAUAUAGCCUGAAAUUACAGCACAGCCAUUGGCUUUCUUACUUUUUAACUUUGUUUUAACAAGUUGACCAAAAAAAGAAUGAAAGGAAGAUUAAAUUAGUUUCUGAAGCUUUAACAAAAUGUCAAGUGUCAAGCAAAAAACGAAGGACAGUUCACAUGUAGAAUUGAUUUGUGGUUGAUGUAGUAUAUAAUUACUCCACUGUUUAUUAAAAUUAAAAUACAUCAUUCAUUUAAACACACCUUAAAGGUGCAGUAAGCGACACUGUUGGAAAAUGAAAUCAGCACCCGAAAUCAACACAUUUUGAAGCAAAAAAAAAAAAAAAAUGCAUUCAUCCAUCAUAAAAGUAAUCCAUACGGCUCCAGGGGGUUAAUAAAGGCCUUCUGAAGCAAAACAAUGGAUUUUUUGUAAGAAAAUAUCCAUAUUUAAAAUUGUAUUAACUAUAAUUUAUUGUGUAACCUCUGAACAGAUGCAUAACAUAAUGAUGAAAGCGGAAACGCAGAGGAUAGAGCAAAACAAAACUCCGGCCACAAAUUAGAAGUCUAAAAUGAUUUUUAAAGACAAAUUUUGGAGGAUUUCGAUAUAAGAGAAGAGGAGCUUGAGUUUGUUGCACCCUAUACAUACUACACCCUAUUGUUACUCCUACAUACUACAUCAUACAUCGUGUCAGGGGUUACUCAUUUGGCACAAGUCGACUUGCGCAGUCAUCUACCAGAAGCUGCCGGAAAUAUGGAUAUUUUUCUUACAAAAACACAUCGCUUUGCAUUAAAAGACCUUUAUUAACCCCCUGGAGCUGUAUGGAUUAUUUUCAUCAUGGAUGGAUGAAUUUUUUGGGCUUCAAAAUGUGAAGCAUUUCACAUUCAAUUAUGUUUUAUUAGCUUGUAGGGCUUCAUUUAUUUAUUUUAAAUAGGGAAAUUAGUUUGGUUGUACUGCUCACUAACAUGCAAAAAACUAAAUAAAGAAUUGUGAUAAGAUUGAGGCUCACAAUGCUGCCUGAAACAAAUAAUGAUGUGACAUUUUUGCCAUGUCGCCCACCCCUACUUUUAGACAAUUAAAUUCCCUUACAUUUUUAUCCGGGCUCUCCAGUAUGGUGCUCAUUUCUUUGAUCUUUGCAUAGUGCCUUGAGAAGUACAUAUGUAGCAGCUUUGGCACGUGUUUGUCAAGACCGUUUUAAUAACUUGCUCAGGUCCAUCGACACAAGUCUGGUGAAUUCUGUGCUGAUCUAAAGUAAUCACAGAACAUCAUGAACACAGAAACAUGAUAAUAAAAUAAUAAUAAUAAUAAUAAAAAAAA